AUGCCCCUCACUGCAAACGGUGACACGGCAGACAGUCUCGCGAAGUCGCAAGGAUAUUACGCGUCAAGGUCGCCGCCCAAGAAUGGCAGGACGCUGGUGAAGUCGUACGAUGAGUUUGGCGGCACUGAACAGGUGAUUCAGCUGGUUUCUUCUCCUUUGCUAGUUGUGGCCCCGGAUGAAGAGAUGGAGCUGGGCCGCAGCAGCUCGCCCUUUCACGCCCAGCAGGCAGCUCGCCUCCCAGCGGCUUGCGGGGCUGCCGUAUCACCAAGCACCGCAUCGCGACCGAGGCCGCUCAUGCAUGAGAAGGUCCACGUAGUGGGGAACGCAGAGCCCCCUCAGCCGCUAAGCAGGAGUCAGCUGCGGGCGGCACCGACGGGCGGCAGCGAUUCGGACACGGAGGAGGAGGGCCAUUGCAGUAGACUUAUGACGCCAGACGCUGAUCGAAGGAACUCGCGCCCCGGCAACGAGAGCGCCGUCGAGGCAGAAGAGAAAGAGGCUGAACAGCAGUUGGUGGACGAGUUCGGCUUCGUUAUUGACGAGGACGCGAAGGAGCGGGACGGUAAGUACAUUCGCGGCAUUGAUGGGAGGCAAGUGGUUCGGCGGGAGAUCAAGUGGGCCAACAUGGCGGCCGACUGGAACAAGACGAACACAAAGAUGCACGCCAAGCUGAAGGAGAGGUGCCGCAAGGGCAUCCCAAGCCGCUUCCGCGGCGUCGCGUGGCAGCUGCUCAUGGGCUCCUUUCAUCAGCUGAACUCGGAGGAGAACAACGGCGUCUAUGUGGCGCUGCGGGACAAGAAGCUCGCGGACAAGGAGACAGACGUCAUCAUCUCGCGCGAUCUCGCUCGAACAUUUCCCACUCACGUUCUCUUCCAGGACCCCGGUGGCGUUGGGCAGACCUUCCUGCGCAACAUCCUGCACGCCUACGCCGGGUGCGAUCCGGAGGUGGGCUACGUGCAAGGCAUGGGCUUCCUCGUCGCGGCGCUGUCCACACAAAUGGCGGAGGAGGAGUCCUUUUGGGCCCUGCAUGAGAUGAUGUACAAUGAGCGGUACAAGAUGCGGGAGUUGUUUCGCCCUGGCUUCCCGUUGCUACAGCAGUUCUUCUACCAGCUGAAGCGUCUCAUCGCGCGACUGCUACCGCGACUGUCAAAGCGGCUCGACGAGCUUGAGAUUCAGCCUUCCUUCUUUGCAUCGCAAUGGUUUCUGACGCUGUUCGUCGGUCACUUUCCCUUUCGGGCGCUGCUGCGUGUGUGGGACAUCUUUUUCUCGGAGGGCUGGAAGAUCAUCUUUCGCACCGGUAUUGCGCUCUUGAAAUGGGAGGAAUCUCACCUCUUGACGCUGCCGUUCGAGGACACGCUGCUGGCGCUCAAAGGUCUGCAGGAUGGAAAAGACGCAUACGAGCUGCUUCGGCGCGCGCACCGUGUGAAGUUCAAGACGGCAGAGCUGAAUCGAUAUGGUGACGAGUACUGGGAAGCGGUGGGUUUGAUUCAUCGAGACUGA